GGUUAUAAGCACGUGACCUUAUUUUACACUAAUAACAUUAAACGAAUAAAUAUAAUAUUAUAAUAUUCAUAGUACCUAAUAUUAUUGUAAAAUAUUCCCGAUGACCGUAUGCGAUAAUCUGGGCAACGUUGACGCUCCGUUGUGACAUCAAAUGCCGUAUACAGUUUUGAUUUAAAUAAAUCUAUCGAAACAGUGUACUUUCAGACUAAUAAGGAUGAAACGGUUCAUGCACAUAUUUGAAUUUUUCGCAUUUGUAUUGGUAUUGUUUAUGAUUCUAAGUUGUAAAUGGCACCAAGAUAACUCCCAUAUUGAAAUUAACAACCAAAGACUAACCAAAUGUAUACAAACAGUAGAAAAGCUGCGGUUGGCCAAUGACAAAUUAAACGCUGAAUUUGUCAACUUAAACGAAAAAAUAAGAAUCCAGCAGAGUAAAAAAGAAUUGAGGAACAUUGAACCAACCACCCCAUCAAAAGAAUACGAAGUUCUACGACGUCGUAUUUUUUCAAACACUAAAGAAUUUUGGUAUUAUAUCAAUUCUGGGUUAGAACCAUUAGUUGAAUCGACGAAAAAUGCAAAACGUAUUUAUAAAAUAAAAAAUAUGGUCGGCGAACACUAUCGAUCUUUAUUAAAAGACAUUUCCGAUUUGGCUGAAGUCGACAACCAUUCGACGUGGAGACAACAAGAAUCUGAAAGCUUAAGUAUUUUAGUUCAGAAUAGAUUAGAAGAAUUACAAAACCCACCCAACUGGUUUAUAGCAAAACAGCUAAUUUGCAAAUUAGAAAAGAGUUGUGAGUUCAAUUGUCAAUUACACCAUAUCGUAUAUUGUCUUAUCUUCGCGUACAAUACUCAAAGAAUGCUAGUUCUAGACUAUAAAAAUUGGGAAUAUGGCGACAUAUGGCAAGAUUUUUUUCUUCCAUUAAGUGACUCGGAUACUUUGUUAAUAAAUGCAUCAGUUGUUGAAUGGCCAGGCGAUCAAAACUCUCAAAUAAUUCAUUUGCCACCAAUUGAUUUAAUUCGCCCAAAACCUAAUUUCUUACCACAAAUGAUACCUAAUGACUUAGCUGAGCGGUUAACUGUCUUACAUGGAGAUCCUAUUGUCUGGUGGAUAGGACAGAUUCUUAAAUACUUGCUUCAGCCAAGAGAAUCGACUAAUUAUCGUUUAGACAAUUACGCAAAAAAACUCAAAUUCCAAAAACCGAUCGUCGGAGUAUACAUUAGGAGAACAGACAAACUCACCAGUGAAGCUACUUUACAUACGCUAGAUGAGUACAUGGUUCACGUCGAAGAUUAUUUUAUACAAAAAAAUCUAAGUGGUAAAGUUAAUCAAAAAAGAAUUUAUUUAGCUACAGAUGAUCCAAGUUUGUUUGAUGAGGCCAAACGCAAUUAUCCCGAGUACGAAAUAAUCGGUUCUAAUGACACAUCUAAAACAGCGACCGUGAAAAAUCGAAAUUCUAAAGAAGCUUUAGAUGGUAUAAUUGUUGAUAUACAUUUUUUAUCACUCAGCGACCACUUAGUUUGUACUUUCUCAUCUGAGAUGUGUCGGAUAGCUUAUGAGAUAAUGAACAGUCUCUAUCCCGAUGCAUCAACUCGGUACACAUCAUUAGACGACAUAUAUUAUUUUAAUGGUCAAUACCAUAGGUUAAACGAAGCAGUGUUAUCCCAUGAGGCUAAUGAACCGUACGAAAUAGAUUUACAAGUAGGAGAUCAGAUCUUUGUGGAUGGUAAUAACUGGAAUGGUUAUUCCAAAGGCAAAAAUUUAAGAACGGAAUUAGUGGGUCUUUAUCCUACAUAUAAAGUUAUUCCGAAAAUCGAAGUAGUAACAAUUAAAGAUAAUAAAAUUAAAACAUCAGAAGAUAAUAAAUAUAAAAAUAAUAAAUUUUUUUCGCUGGCAAGUAUUAUUUAUUAAUAUUACUUUAUGUGAUAUUUUUGUUACGUGG